CAAAGAAGAAAAAGAGUGAAGGCAAAGAAAAAUUGGAAUCUUUGGUUCAAAAACUGAAUCCUUUCCAUGUCUAUGUCUUCCAUCCAUCUUUUCCCCUCGUAUUCAAUUGAAUGCGCCACCGAUCCCACCGCCGCCGCCGCCCCCAUCCCGUUGGGGCCGCCGGAUUCGGCCUGCCCUAGCCCUAGCGCCGCCGCCGCCCCCCUCCCGUUCGGGCCGGCGGAUUCGCUCUGCCCCAGCCCUAGCGCCGCCGCCACCAUGGACGACUUCGUGCUCCGCUCCGGCGUGCGCGUGGGGCUGAAGCGGGAGUUCGCCUUCGCCAUCGCCUCCCAGGCCGCCCUCGCCCCCUCCCUCGGCCGCACCCGCUCCUCCCGCUCAUCCACCGCCGCCGCCGUCCUCUCCCCGCCGACCACCAAGCCCAAGCCCUCCUCCCGCUCCUCCAAGCGCUCCCGCCCAUCGGCCUCGGCGCCGGCCAAGCGCGCCCGCUCGCGGCCCCCGGAUCCGGACCCCGCCGCCGCGGAUCCGCCGCGGGAUCCUCCUCCUCCCCCCGCCGCCGCCGACGCGGAUGUGCCGGUUGACGCACCGUUCGCUGCCGCCACGCCCAUCGCAAACGGGCCCCAACUGCCUCCCGCCGCCGCCGACGGGGAUGCGCCGGUGCGCGCCCCGCUCGCUGCCGCCUCGCCCACCGCAAACGGGCCCCAGCCGCCUCCCGCCGCCGCCGUCGCCGUCGCCGGGGAUGAGCCGGUGCUCGCCCUAUUCGCCGCCAACGCGCCCACCACAAGCGCGCCCCAACCGCCUCCGCAGCAGAGGCAGCAGGAGGAGGCCUUCUUCAUCCCGCCGGAGACGCCGCCCAGGCGGGUCACCCGCUCCAUGCUCUCCCCUGCCCCCGCCCCCGCCACCGCUCCCCCCCAGCCCGCCAGACCCAGACCCAAACCCAAACCCAUGCUCAAGCCCAAGCAGGAGCCCGUGGACGAGCCCACCGACCACCUCCAGCCCUACCCCGGGGGACUCACCGGAGGCGUAGCAAGCCCGGCCUCGCCGCGCCGCUUCACCAGGUCGCUCUUGCAACAGGUCAAGCAGCCGCCCACCGACGACGGCGACAACGACGAGUCAGGCACCACCACCGCCAGCAGCUCCCCGUCGCCCUCCCCCAAGAGCAAGAGCACCAAGCGCGGCGCCAGCCUCAAGGCCAAGUCAGAGGGGCCAGAUGGAAUCCCCAAGAACCUCAGGGAGCUCUUCGCCACCGGCUUGCUCGAGGGCCAGCCCGUCAACUACUUCAUGAACAAGGGGAAGCGACCAGUACUCCGUGGAGUCAUCAAAGACACCGGCAUAUUGUGCUCUUGCACUUCAUGUAAAGGCCGAAAUGUCGUUUCACCUUUUUAUUUCGAGGUGCAUGCCGGGAGUCAUAAAAAGCGACCCUCCGAUUACAUUUUCCUGGAAAGUGGAAAUACUCUGCAUGAUGUAUUGAGGGCGUGCACGGAUGCUACCGUAGACACACUGGAAUCUGCAAUACUGGGAGCAAUAGGCCCUGUGCCUAAGAAGAGGACAGUGACGUGCCAGGACUGCAAAAGUUCGUUCAAAACUUCCCGCGCUGGAAAAUUUGCUUCCUUCUGCGAGAUAUGUCUGGAGUCUAAGGAAGUUCAGAGUACGGCAAGGCCGAGAGGACGGCCACCUAAGAAUCUCUCCCCAGGGACGAAAACCACAAGUGCAGCAAGCCCAACUUCAUCAUAUGGAGCGAAGACCACACGCGCAGGAAGUCCAACUUCAUACGGCAGGGUGCCUAGGAAUUUCUACCCAGUAGCCAAGACAAUAAGUGCAGCAGCAAGCCCAACUUCAUCUGGCAGGGUGCCUAAGAAUUUCUCCCCAGGAUCGAAGCCUACAAGUGCAGGAAGAAUUACAAGAAAGGACCAUGGCUUGCACAAGUUGGUUUUCAUGAGUGGUGUUUUGGCAGAGGGCACAGACGUCGGCUAUUAUGUCCAGGGAAAGAGGUUGCUGGAUGGCCACAUAACGGAACAUGGAAUCUAUUGUUAUUGCUGCAACACAGUGGUUAGCCCUUCACAGUUUGAAGGCCACGCUGGCCGAGCUGCUCGACGCAAACCUUACCACAACAUAUACAUUUCCAAUGGCGUUUCACUACACGAGCUGUCGGUUUCUCUUUCAAAAGGCCGAAAACCUUCAGAAAAGCAGAACGAUGACUUAUGCACCAUCUGUUCAGAUGGCGGGGAGCUUCUUCUUUGUGACUCCUGUCCGAGAGCUUUUCACAGAGAAUGUGUUGGCUUGUCUUCUGUACCGAAGGGAGCUUGGUGUUGCCGGUAUUGUGAAAAUAGGCAACAGAGAGAAGGUUAUUUGGCAUACAACAACAAUGCAAUAGCCGCUGGGAGGGUCGAUGGAGUUGAUUCCAUCGGACAAAUAUUUAUGCGGUCGAUCCGUAUUGCCACAGCACCUCAGGGUGCAUUUGGUGGAUGCGCAUUGUGCAAGCAACAUGAUUUUGGCAAAAGGAAAUUUAGCGAACGAACUGUGCUGCUCUGUGAUCAAUGUGGGAGGGAAUAUCACGUUGGAUGCCUGAAAGAACACAACAUGGCUGACUUGACGGCAUUGCCCGAGGGAGCAUGGUUUUGUUCCACUGUAUGUGUGGAGAUCUGCGAGGCACUGAAGGACCUAGUCAGUCGUGGAGCAGAACCUGUUCCUGCCGUGGAUGCUGAUCUCAUAAAGAAGAAGCGUGCGGAGAAAGGUUUGAACGACGAUGGCGACCUUGAUGUUAGAUGGAGGGUUUUGAGGGACAAAAGUUCAGAAGAUAGUAAACUGGUGCUGUCCAAGGCGGUUGGUAUUUUCCAUGAAUCAUUUGAUCCUAUCAUCCAAGCUGGGACUGGGCGAGACCUGAUUCCAGCCAUGGUCUAUGGGUAUGCCAUUUACCCGUACGUACCAUACUUGAGCGUAAACAAGACACCUAAGUCGUAUGAUGUUUCUCGUUUCAGGAGGAGCGUAAGGGAUCAAGAUUACACAGGGAUGUACUGUGCGGUGUUAACUGUCGGCAAGACGGUGGUUUCUGCUGGACUCUUCCGUGUGAUGGGCAACGUAGCCGCGGAGCUCCCCUUGGUCGCGACGAGCAGGGAUAACCAAGGCUUGGGGUACUUCCAGGCGCUGUUUGCGUGCAUCGAGCGGGUGCUGUCGUCCCUGAAGGUGAAGCACUUUGUGCUGCCGGCGGCGGAGGAGGCGGUGUUGAUCUGGACGCAGCGGUUCGGGUUUGGCAAGAUAACCCAGGACAAGCUGCUGGAGUACCUCAAGGGCGGGCGGCCGACGGUGUUCCAUGGCACGUCGACCCUGCACAAGCCUAUCCCGGUGGCUGAGGCGGAGGCGGAGGCGGAUGCGCGGGUGCCUGAGGAGGAGGAAGAAGCGCCGGUGCCGGUGCCGGAGGAAGGAGAGCCGGUGCCUGAGGAGGAGGAAGGAGAGCCGGUGCCCGAUGAGGAGGAAGGAGAGCCGGUGCCCGAGGAGGAGGAGGAGGAGUGAGGAGGAGCUAGGAGGAGGAGUUGUUUCACUUUAUUUUGGGAGGGGGGGAGGACGGAUUUGUAAUGGUGUAAUGUAGAGACAGAGACAGGGAUUUUCCUUCAUUUUGGUUUGGUCUAGUCUCAGUAGUCUAGUAGGAGGAGAGAGAUAUGAUGAUGGUGUGUUUUGUUUUGUCGAGGGGUGGUGGAUAUGAUGUAUGGAUGGAUCCUUCCUUUCCUUCCUUGUGUGGUAUUGUUAGUUAGUUAGACAGAGGAGGAAGAGGAAGAAGAAGCACAAGAGACAGAGAGAGAGAUAAUCCUUGGUGGCUGGCUGGGUGUACUAGGAGUAUUUGAGGAAUGAAAUUGUCAGUCAGAAGCACAUGUUGAAUGA